GACCGCUGCGCCACUCGGGAGCCCCUCAUAUAACCUUUUUUAGCAAAAUGUAUUAAAAUAAUGCAUAUUUAGUUGUGCUUGUGCAUUAUCGAAAUAUUUGAUCGAUGAACUGCUGACCGUGACAGCUAGCUAGAUAGACAUGUAAAUUGGAUUCUCGUCUCAAAAGCCUGAUCAAAGAUUCAGUGAGUUUGACAUUGAUUACAGUCGUCAAUCUCUACACAGCUGUAUGUCCAGAAUUGCUAAUGUGGGCAUAUCUGUCAAUGUUAUAUUACGUACGCCACAGAACAUGGACAUCGGAUGGAGGUUGUCUUGCACGGCGCUAAAACGGUCAUGGCAAGAAGGGAUCUAGCUUUUGUCAAAUUAACGUAAAAAGUUGAUUUUGUUGUUGUUGCAUUUUAGCUAACUAAAUAUUUUCUUAACCUUAACCUUAUUCUGCUAAAUCUGACGUUAAUUUGACAAAAACUGGAUCGCUUCCAGAGAUGACCCUCUAAGACCAAGCGGAGCUCCCAUCGCCCGUCCAGUGUGUCCUGUCACAAGGGAGUCCUCGCCUCCACGCGGUGAUUGGGUGGAAGAUGGCGCUGGGCGAAUGGAAAUCCUAAUGACAGUUUCCAAAUUUGCCUCUUUUUGUACCAUGGGCGCCAAUGCCUCCGCUCUGGAGAAAGAGAUUGGCUCAGAGCAGUUCCCUGUCAACGAGCACUACUUCGGAUUGGUCAACUUUGGGAACACGUGCUACUGUAACUCGGUGCUGCAGGCGCUGUACUUCUGCCGUCCGUUCCGGGAGAAGAUCUUGGCAUACCGCAGCCAGCCCCGACGCAAGGAGAACCUGCUGACCUGCCUGGCUGACCUGUUCCACAGCAUCGCCAACCAGAAGAGGAAAGUGGGAGUCAUACCACCCAAGAAGUUCAUCACGCGCCUACGCAAGGAGAAUGAGCUGUUUGACAACUACAUGCAACAGGAUGCCCAUGAGUUCCUGAACUACCUGCUCAACACCAUCGCUGACCUGCUGCAGGAGGAGAGGAAGCAGGACAAGACCAACGGCCGCCUGGCCAAUGGCUCACUCGACUCCCAGAACAACAAUAGCAACGCCCCGCCUCCCUCCACCUGGGUCCACGAGAUCUUCCAGGGCACCCUCACCAACGAGACCCGCUGCCUCACCUGUGAAACGAUCAGCAGCAAAGAUGAAGACUUCCUUGACCUGUCAGUGGAUGUGGAACAGAACACGUCCAUCACACACUGUCUCAGGGGGUUUAGUAACACAGAGACUCUCUGCAGUGAGUAUAAGUACUACUGUGAAGAAUGUAGAAGCAAACAGGAGGCACACAAAAGGAUGCGUGUGAAGAAGCUGCCUAUGAUCCUGGCUCUACACCUGAAGAGGUUUAAGUACAUGGAGCAGCUGCAGCGCUACACCAAGCUGUCCUAUCGCGUUGUCUUCCCUCUGGAGCUCCGCCUCUUCAACACCUCCGGAGACGCAACCAAUCCCGAGAGGCUCUAUGACCUGGUCGCCGUCGUGGUGCAUUGUGGGAGUGGUCCAAACCGAGGACACUACAUCGCCAUUGUGAAGAGUCACGACUUCUGGUUGCUGUUUGAUGACGACAUUGUAGAGAAGAUAGACGCCCAGGCCAUAGAGGAGUUCUACGGCCUCACCUCUGAGAUCUCCAAGAACUCUGAGUCAGGCUACAUCCUAUUCUACCAGUCGAGAGACUGACUAGCCCUGGAGAGGACAGCACCACUCAGUGGAGCGGAGGACCAUACUAAUGUACACCCCUCUGGUGUCACACACAUCUCCACAGGUGGCAUUCAUACCUGUGUAUAUGGAGCUACUGCAGCCCAGCCUCAGUCCCCCCCCAUCCCCCCAUCCUCCUACCUCCCCCACCCCGUCACUUAGGCUGGAGAUGUUGCUACAGGGAGUUGUGUCAAAGGUUCAGUGGACGUUGUAUCAAAGUUUUGAGUUGGAAAGCUGUUUAAUGAGGGUUGUACAGAGGUUGUGUGAAUGAGGCGUUGGUUAUAGCAUGGGGUUUUGGGUGGGGUGAGUGGGUAUUUAAUGAUUAAUGUGUUGUAAUAUCGGCCAGGCGUCUACACACUCCCUCAGACUGCAACUCUGCUUUGGUGCCUGGCUGGGGCCUAGUCAGAGCAGACCAGUUGACUGUACAGUCGUGGUCAAACGUUUUGAGAAUGACACAAGUAUUGGUCUUCAAAGUUCGCUGCUGCAGUGUUUAGAU